AUGUCCACCAUUCAGCAGCGUAUCGCGGCGCUGGAGCAGGCUCAAGCUGGACAAAUCGAUAGUCCCGCACCACCGUUUGUAGGAUCGCAACCGACACCAUUCGCAUCACGACCACCUUCAUUUCGGGCCAAAACAAUCAACAACCCUCCGGGCAACGGCCACGGUUCUGUCAUUGAGCGCUCGGUGAUAGGCAAUGAGCCAGCAGCACCCCCUACACCUGCCCCUCGACCGCCAUCAACAACGCCGUCGAUCACCCAGAAACCCAAGGCGCCCCCGCCGCUGCCAACACGGAAAGCUUCCAAUCAGCAACUCGCGCCUGCGCUGCCACCUCGCAGGCCUUCAGUGAAUUCUAUCGAAUCAGCUGCGUCAGAUACGUCCCGGUCAACCGUAUCGACAAGUGCGGCGAGACCUACAGCGGGGCGAUCAUCUUCCUCGAGUGGAUCUGGGAACGUUCGUACGGUGCGCGCACCUCAAUAUGACGAGGCAGAGUUACCUGUCCUUCCUCCGAGAAGAGAAGAUGCGAAAAGUCCCAAGGCGCCUCCACGGCCGAAACCGACAACUACACAGAGCAGAGAGAGUCCACCACCUCCAUUGCCUUCAAUAAGAGAGCCGCCGUCUCUUCCAUCUGCUCGGCCUGCCUUGCCCAUUCGUCGAGCGUCAAGCAACAGCAACCUCAAGACUGGUGAUGCAUCACCUCGGCCGCCCCCGCGGCUCCCCUCGCGAGACGGUCAGGGCCAGUCGCCAAUCGCAGAAGUGGAAGCCAAGCCGGCGAGGAAGCUUCCCCCGCCUCCGCCUUCGGGCUCUGUUCUGGGCAAAUUGCAACAAUCAGGUUUCGGAGGAUUGAACAAGACUGUGCCCUCGGAGACACAGAAUGGAUCACCGCCUCCAAUCCCUAUUACGUCAAGACCAGAGAAGCCGGACCUUUCCAAAUUACUAGCAACUAAACCGCGUGUUCAGCCAACCACUACGACUACGGGUUCAACGGCAAUGUGCUUGAAAUGCCGAGACUUUUCCGGUCCUGACUCGCACGCCGCCAGGUUUCCGCGAGAGACUCUCCCGACACAUGAUCUUGCCUGGCUGGCCCGCGAGCUUACAGCCCCAUUCCCUUCACCGACAGACAAGGCUAGAGCUUUGUUCACCUGGUGUCAUCAUAAUAUUUGCUAUGAUACUGCGGCAUUUUUCAACAAUUGCGUCAAGCCAUCCACACCGGCCAGUACUCUUGCAUCUGGUCUUGCCGUGUGCGAGGGCUACGCGGGGCUCUUUGCAGCCCUCGCAACCCGCGCUGGAUUGGAAGCGAUCGUGAUCUCUGGCCACGGCAAGGGUUACGGCUAUCAGCCACUGGGACCCGGGGCCAGUAUCCCCCCUUACAGCGCGGGCCAUGCAUGGAAUGCAGUGCGGAUCGACAAUGGGCAAUGGAAGUUGAUUGAUGUGUGCUGGGGUGCUGGAGUGGUUCAAGGACCGGGGCAACCAUAUCAGAAACUCUUCAACCCAACCUUGUUCACCAUGACGAAUGAAGAGUUUGGCAUCAAGCACUUCCCGGGGGUUCGAGAACACCAGUUUCGGGACGGUAGGCCAGGGAUGAGCUGGGAGGAGUAUAUCACGAUGGACCCGCAAGUCCCGUUUGGCAUUGAGCAGCCCCGGACUUUCGGCGACCUACAGCGGCAUUUCAUUAACGAACGGAGCUUCUUACCGGCUCUCAAGCAGAUCUCUGUCCACCAGCCGGGACCGCUUCGCUUUCAAUUCAGUCUCAUCUGUGAGCAUUUCACGCUGGAGGGUCACGGAAAGGUCAAGCCUAGCUUGUUUUUGCUAUUGACGCCCGAACCCAUUCUGUUUACCCAUGUCCGGGGCAAUGGAGGCGGGGAUUAUUGGUUCAUUGAUGUCGAUGAUCCCAGGACACUGGGCAGUGCACCGGGCAAGCUGCAAAUCGCUGUGCUGACAGAGUUUGGCGAUCGGAAAGACUGCAGGGGGCUGACAGUCGAAGAGUAUCGUAUGCAAGCUGGUCGGGUUCGUAUGGCGUUCGCGUUUGUUACAGAAUGGGAGUUGGUUUGA